CUUGCUCUAAGCGCUGCUUCUCCUCUCUAUAAAGGAUAUGUAUCUGAUAUUGACUGCCGAUGGAAUAUCAUUGCUGCAUCUGUUGACUGUAGAACAAGGCAAGAAAGGGGAUUAGAGCCACUGACGACAGAUCACUAUAGAAUUCCUAAAUCACGAUAUGAUUCAAUAGACAGUUACAUUUCUGAAGAUGGAGAAAAGUAUAAUGAUAUUGAAUUAGUUUUAGAUCAAGAUAUUUGUCAGAAGCUCAUCAACUCAGGUAUUGAUGUACUCUUGGCAAGACAUAUUGCACAUCUAUUUAUCAGGGAUCCUGUAUCUUUAUUUAGUGAAAAGAUCGACUUGGAUGAUGAACGUGAUACUGAUCAUUUUGAAAAUAUCCAGUCAACUAACUGGCAGACAAUGCGAUUCAAACCACCACCAGCUAAUUCUCCAAUAGGAUGGCGGGUAGAAUUUAGACCAACUGAGGUACAGAUUACAGAUUUUGAAAAUGCUGCCUAUGUGGUGUUCGUAGUACUUCUUACAAGAGUUAUAUUAUCAUUUGAUUUGAAUUUUUUAAUUCCAAUAUCUAAGGUUGAUUUUAACAUGCAAGAAGCCCAAAAGCGUGAUGCAGUCAGACAAAGCAACUUUUAUUUCAGAAAAGACCUCCGAUCUUGUGCUAAAGAUAGAAAGUGCAAUAAUGGUAAUAUUUACGACGAAUGCUGCUUGAUGUCAAUAAAUACCAUUAUAAAUGGUGGAAAAGUUGAUAGUCAUGACUUUCCAGGAAUUAUUCCACUUAUCAAAGAGUAUUUACAAACAGUUGAAGUGGACGUUGAUACAUCAUGUACUAUUAUGCAGUACUUAGAACUGAUACAGAAACGGGCAUCAGGUGAGCAGUUAUCAACA